AUGGCAAACUACGCUGCCGUUUAUGGGCGGUGUUGGAAGCCGCCAUGCCCUUCUUCUUGGAGCCAGUGGCGAGACAAAUGCUACAAGGUGCAUGACGCUGACGUUACAUGGGAAGAAGGCAAGCAGCAGUGUGUUGAGUUGGGUGGGGUGAUAGUUGUCACUCAAUCUGAAGAAGAGAUACAACACCUCCACAACAUUUGCAGCUGCGAUAGGUUCUGGAUUGGUUGCAACGACAUUCAAACUGAAGGUACCUGGGUGUGUUUGAAUGGUGAAGCUACUAUUGGGUCAGAUGACAAGAGAUGGGAUGUUGGUCAGCCAAAUAAUCAAAACGAGGACCAAUCUUGCGCCGAAGUUCUCGUUUAUCCAGCAAGCGGAACUUCAGCCGCCUGGCAUGAUAGGGAAUGCCAUGCUUAA